AUGUUCUAUUCACCGAACUGUUCAGAUACUGUUAGUGCUCCACGUCCCAGUCCUGAUCGCGAGUCGAACAGCCUUGUCAUCGAUUACCACAACGAUCUGUCCUCCUUGGUCAAUGAUCCUCAGUGGUGGACAGCAAAUUUUGGUUGGCUGUCCUUUACACCUAAAAGGCCUUUCUUUGGUGGUGGUCUACUGGGGCGACUGGCAGACAUAUGUAUUCAGGAAAUCAAGGGAAAGUAUUCAAUGGCUGAAGACUUGAUAAAUAGCUGGACAAAGCUUGAAUACAUAAUUUGCAGUGUCAUCGUGAUAUUGGGGGGCGUGUACGAAAUACCUUCUAUCGGUCCUGCCUAUCCUGCAGCCAGAGGAUAUCAGAGGCAACAUGCUUAUCGAUCAGUAGCACAUCGGGAAGCCCGAGCUUCUCGUGAUAUAUUUGUGCUGUGGAUUGGCCUAUUAUCGUUCUUAAUAGCAGGAGCAGAUAGCUUAUCGCAAAAGGGCUAUGAAUGGCCUUCUCUUCUCGAGAAUCAUUUGCAAUUCCAUCCUGCCAUUGCUGAUUUAAUUCGGGCAUCUGACCUUGGCACAUUCUCACACGAAGUUCAGCGCAUUGGAGCGUUUAUCUAUCUUACCAAAGAUGACAUCGAAAAGACUCACCAACCUUCUGUUCGCUGGCUAAUCACUCACAACAUUCCAAUCUGGUAUCAUAGACCUGAAAUAGAUGGGGAGGACCCUACUAAACUUAAACGUAAGGGGUGCCUCAAUUCACGUGGUCAGUGCAAAGCUUGUUUUCCUCGAGAAAUUGUUGAAGAGACAAUGGUGGAUCCACUUAGUGGUGCUUUAAAAAUAAAGAAAGGUGAAAUGUGGUUAAAUACUUUUACACCAGAACUUACAUACAUGAUUAGAUGCAAUACAGAUGUUACUAGCUUGAUGUCAGGUACAGUAAUCAAAGCUGUUGUAGGGUAUAUCACUGAUUAUGUUACAAAAUCAGGAUUAAGUUGA